UAAGAAGGAGGUGGGCAGCGCUCCGAUGACGCAGGAGUGAUCCUGAGAAGAUGCUUCAAAACUCCAGGCCAGAGCCAGCGUGUGCGGUGGCUGCUGGCGGAGCUAGAAGGACCUCCGAGCCUGGCAGGAACGGCAGAGUGAGAAUCCAGAGCAGGUUCAGGAGCCGUCGAGGGAACUCUGAGUGCAGAACAACACACGCACAUUCAGGCAGAGUCGCUGCUUUAACAGACAAACACAGUUAGUGAGAAGUCGUUGACUCGGCGGCGGGCUUUCUGUGUGCGGUUGUAUGAACGCUGCCAAGUGGAGCGAACUUGGGGAAAGAAACACUGAAGAACAUCUCUCCCACACUGUCUCUGGUUUAUCUGAGGGGGGCGCUCGGGAAGUCGCAACAUGCCACAUCUCAGCUCACUGUGCGCGUGCUUUUUGAUGCUCCUGAGCCCAGGUAUGACAAACACCAUCACCGAGGACGUAGAGGUGUUGGUGCUGCUGCCACAGAAUAACUCCUACCUUUUUUCACACGCCAGAGUCGCACCGGCGAUCCUUUACGCACAGCAGAGGUUGCGGACAGACGGAGGGAAGUUCUCCGGGUUCCACUUCAACAUCCACUUUGAGAAGUCGGACUGUGUCAAUGAUGCUCUGUUUCUGUUAGUGGACAGGUCGUGCGGGCAGAAGCCGGAUCUGAUUCUGGGUCCGGUGUGCGAGUACGAGGCGGCGGCGGUAGUGAGGCUGGCGUCGCACUGGAACAUCCCGGUGAUCUCGGCAGGUGCCCUGGCCGCCGGCUUCGGCAACAAGAACACCGAAUACUCCCAGCUGACCCGCAUCGCCCCGUCCUACGUGAAGAUGGCAGAGACCUUCACUGCGAUGUUCGAGCACUUCACCUGGAAGAGCGCGCUGCUGGUCUAUGAGGACGACAAGCAGGAGCGGAACUGUUACUUCACUCUGGAGGGGGUCUUUCACCUGAUGGCGGACUUUAACAUUAAAGUAUACCCGUUCUUCCCAGAGGACCGACUGGACACUGACGACAUCCUCCAGAGCAUCUAUGACACUGAAGUGGUGAUCAUGUGCAUGGGAGCAGACAAGAUACGAGAGAUCAUGCUGGCUGCUCACAGACGACGGCUGACCAACGGCAGCUACAUGUUCUUUAAUGUUGAACUCUUUAACGCCUCUUCUUAUGGUAACGGCUCCUGGAGGAGAGGAGAUAAAUAUGACAGUGAUGCGAGGCAGGCCUAUGCUUCUCUGAACACGGUGACGCUGCUCCGGACAGUCAAGCCCGAGUUUGAAAACUUCUCCAUGGAAAUGAAAAAGUCCACCGAAGAAACGGGACUUCAUGACUGCAGAGACUGUGGGAGUGUCAACAUGUUUGUUGAGGGGUUCCACGAUGCCAUGAUGCUGUACUCCAUCGCCUUGCAUGAAGCCAUGAAGAGCGGCUACAGUAAGAAGAAUGGAACGGCGAUCACGUCACGCAUGUGGAACAGAACAUUUGAAGGAAUCGCAGGCCAGGUGUCCAUGGAUGAUAAUGGGGACAGGAACGGAGAUUUCUCUUUGAUGUCCAUGACCAAUGUUGAGGAGGGAACCUAUGAGGUGGUGGCCAACUACUUUGGAGUAAAUGGAACUUUCCAGAUGCUGCCAGCCUUUAACACCGACCACUUCACUCUCAAAGGAAGACAUAAAGCACACGCUGAGAUGCCAGAAAAAUCAUGUGGGCUGGGAGUGUCAGCUCUGACUGGAGUCAUAGUGGGAGCUGUUCUGGGAACUGCGAUGCUUAUAGCAUUCUACUUUUUCAGAAAAAACUACAGGAUCACCAUCGAGCGUCGUGCACAUAGUGAAGAGGGCGACACCCGGAAGCACCGUCAGUUACGAGAGGACUCCAUCAGAUCAAACUUCUCGGCAGCGUAACCAGCAGCAAGCCCCCCCCCCCCACCCCUCCCUCCCUCCCUCCCUCCCUCCCUCACAGAGAAUCACACAUCUGAAUGUGACCAAAGACUGAUUUUGUGUUUGUAUCCUUCAGUGUUUUGAUUUAUUGUAACUCAGGACAGUUGUAACAGUCACAAAGCACCACUUGUGUUCCUUGAUGUUCCUCCAUACAAACGUAUAUGAUUGUAUUGGUGUAUAGAAAGCUUUGGCCAUAAUAUUCUUUAAGGAGUUUUAAAGAAUUUAUUUUAAAUAUUCAGACAGGGGUUACAUGACUGUGAAUGAUUCAGAACAGUGUAUGUAACACUACAUUAUCAUGCACUAGCAGGGUGGGCAAGGUCUGCUGUACUUUUGCCUUUCAGGUUGACAAAUAGAGGCCUCGUGUUUGAGGGUAGUGAACGAUAAUGGCAGAGCAAAACUUGACACAUCUGGAGUUAACUGACUAAAAAUGGAUAUAGGCUAGAUCUAUAUCUAUAUGUAUAGGCUAUAAGCUACUGAUAUUAAGCUACUGAUAUGUUUUCAGAUCACCAAAACCUUGUUGAGAUCCAGCAGCCUCCAUACAAAUCAAAUCCCGUAUGAAGUAGUGUGAGAAACACUGGGUCACAUAGCAUCUCCUCUACACCUUCACACUGGCUCAUUUACAGGGUUUCCCUUUUAAAGUUGUCAUACUUUAUAAAGUUUGCUUUAUAACGGUUAAUAGAUUCUUCACUAAUAAUUCAUAGAUCAGUAAUAAGAACAACCUGAGAUGUGUUUUGGUUAUUUUUGCUUAAUGGCAAAUCAUCCUCCAAAUGAACUAAAGGAAAUCUACGACUUAUAACAAUCUUUUUUUAAUCUUCUUUUUUUUUUUGUACCCGUGGCCUUUAGUUCUGUCAGUUAUGAUCAUCCCACCUGUCUGAUCUGUACGUAGCAAAAUAACUGUGUCCUGAGGUAUUACAGAUUACUGUGGUGAGUACAAUCAAACGCCUUGUAUUUGCUACUUUAAGUUGUUUGACUCCUCCUUUAUGACAUCUCCGGUACAGAGUCGUCAUAACUGAUUGAACCAACGGCCAGACCUACAAGAAUAGUAAUUACAAUACAAACAGAUGAUGUCUUGAAAAACAUACACCACUGGUCAAAGGUUUUGAAACACCUCAAUUUACCAGCUGUGAAUUUUAUAUAAUUCAGUGUCUCAGAAUUUCUAAAAUUAAACCAUAGAAAAAAUAAACAAGUCAUAGAAAUUUCUUGUGAAACUAAAAGUUCUUUCUACAAUGGAAAUCAAGUAUUGCUCAAAAAGGUGAUCAAACACUGCCGCAGAAGUUCCCACUAAUGUGUCACUUGCAGGUGGCUUUGCUUUUACCUUCUGUCACGUUCAUCCCAAACCAGCUCCAUGGAGAUCAGGUCUGGAGACUGUGCUGGUCUUCAUCAUGUGAAGCCUCCACUCGGUUCUGUUCUCCUAAUGUUCUGUUUGUUUCAGCACUGCCUUUGUACAGACAGAGGGCGUUUCAGUCAUCAACCUGUAGGAAUUGUUUCAUUAACUUUCAAGGCAUUUACUUCCAUUUCCUGUUUUCUAUUUGUUUUCUUUUUUCUUUUUUUUUUUUAAACCUUGGUCAGUUUACCACUGACCUUUGUACCAUUUAAGGUUUUCCUUUGGAAGUGAGCUGCUGAAAUUUGAAUAAAAACUGGAAAAAUC